UACAUGCUACAAGAACGUGAUGACGAAAGCCGCUCUCUCUUUGCUGCAUCUCCGCGAGAAUGAAGACCAUUCUCAGCAAUCAAACUGUCGACAUUCCAGAAAAUGUCGACAUCACUCUGAAGGGACGCACAGUUAUUGUGAAGGGUCCCAGAGGAACCCUGCGGAGGGACUUCAACCACAUCAAUGUGGAACUCAGUCUCCUUGGAAAGAAAAAGAAGAGGCUCCGGGUUGACAAAUGGUGGGGAAAUAGAAAGGAACUGGCUACUGUUCGCACUAUUUGUAGUCACGUACAGAAUAUGAUCAAGGGUGUUACACUGGGCUUCCGUUACAAGAUGAGGUCUGUGUAUGCUCACUUCCCCAUCAACGUUGUUAUCCAGGAGAAUGGGUCUCUUGUUGAAAUAAGAAAUUUCUUGGGUGAAAAAUAUAUCCGCCGGGUUCGGAUGAGGGCAGGUGUUGCCUGUUCAGUAUCUCAAGCCCAGAAAGAUGAGUUAAUCCUCGAAGGAAAUGACAUUGAGCUUGUUUCAAAUUCAGCUGCUUUGAUUCAGCAGGCCACAACAGUUAAAAACAAGGAUAUCAGAAAAUUUUUGGAUGGUAUUUAUGUCUCUGAAAAAGGAACAGUUCAGCAGGCUGAUGAGUAAGACCUAAGAGUUGUCCAGCUGCAGCAAGAUACCACAUGAUAUUCCUUAACAUCUCUUUGUAAUUUCAGCAAUGCAAUAAAGGAUUCUUUAAUUUGGA